UGGCGAUUUCCAACCACGUAAGAAUUUAAAAAGCAGCGGCGAUGGACUACGGGAGAGCAGCGUCGCUUCGGUCGCAGUGCCCUGUCCGCGCGUCAGCCGGACGCGUAUAAGCGCGUGUUCCGUAUCCAAACCCGUGCGUUGGUUAUUUUGAUGCGAGGUGUUUGGGGGCAUUUAGCGGGAGGGUAUAUAUUUUCAGCCGGGUGAAGUUUGACAUGGGUCAGUAAUAGUUGAAUAUGAUUCAGGCAACGUUAGGAUUGAAAGUGGACACGGGGCGGGGUUUGAGUUUUUACAAAGUAACUUUCCAGUGCGUGCGCCGCAUUAUACGUGCAUCAUUCCCGGAAAGUUUUUGCAUGCCAUUAGUGCAUGCACAUCAAUGCGCAUUUGCCAAACGGGACUUCAUAACGAGAUAUUAAGUAAAAACGCCGUCUCCGUGUCAUUUUAAAAAGGCGACCAAUGUCUCUGAGCCCAGUAAACCCAGUAAGACUGGAAGGAAAAACUGACAUAGGCUCUCUGUCUGGUCAUGUGUUUUCCCCUUCCCCUCUCUCUCUAACUCUCCCUCCCUCUCUCUCUCUCUCAUUCUCAUCCACUCUCUCUCCUCUCUCACUCUCCUCCACACACACUCUCUCCCUCACAUGUUGUCCGAGAGCUUUUGUUGCUUUUGCUUCUUAAUGAUAUGCAUGUAGGUUAAAUGAGUACCUGACGGACAGGCCUGCUUUUCACAGCAGUGUAAUCCGAUAGCGGAGAGGGGAAAGACAGGAAUUCACAUUCGCCUUCUCAUCCACGGUUUUCGCCUUUGAAAAAGAUGAUCACUAGCUCCAGUGUACAUGGCUUAAAGAUGCAGUGGACCCCAGAACAUGCGCAGUGGGCCGAGCAACAUUUUGACAUCUCGUCCACCACACGUUCCCCCGCACAUAAAGCAGAAGCAUACCGCGGACACUUGCAGCGGACCUACCAGUAUGCUUGGGCCAACGACGACAUAUCGGCCCUGACGGCCUCCAACCUUCUAAAGAAGUACGCAGAGAAAUAUUCUGGCAUCCUAGAGGGUCCUGGCGAGCGGGCUCUCCUGUGCUCAUACACCGAAAGUGCUCCAGGACUCUUGAAUGGACGCAAAUCAGAAAGCGACGCAUGGCAGGAGGGGAUCUACCCAAUGAGCUGUGCUGCAGAUGUGGUAUCUGCAAGUAAAACCGGAAUGACGCCCGCCCUGCCUCCGGAUGUGACCGCAAGUGUCGGCAGCUCCACAGGGGUGGCGAGCAGCCUGAGCGAGCCCAGCUACUCCAGCAGUAACUGCGGAAACCACUCGGGCAUCCCAUCUCAGGAAUUUGCUAGCAGUUACAAUGGCUCAUACUUGCAUUCCACUUACAGCGGCGGGCAAAGCACACCAGCUCUGCCGUCCCCACACCCCUCACCUUUGCACAGCGCCGGGCUCCUUCAGGCUCCUCCACCUCCAACACUGGUGCCCAGCUACAACGCAACUUCCCCGAAUCUCUCCGGUUAUAACUACCCUCCAGCAGGUUAUCCUCCACAGACUGCUGUUGCCCCAGGCUACAGCCCAGGAGGAGCACACCCCCCUUCAGCUUACCUGCCCUCAGGCAUUGCUGCCCCCACUCCCCUACCCCCUUCCACCCUUCCCGGUUACUCCUACCAGUCCCACAACCAUGCACCAAUUGCACCGACACCUUUGAACGGCAGCUCAGCCAACACACUAAAAAGAAAGGCGUUUUACAUGACGGGCCAGGGAGAUGUGGACUCCGGUUAUGGAAAUUUCAGCUACAGCCAGCAGCGUUCUGCUCAAAGUCCCAUGUACAGAAUGCCAGACAACAGUCUUGUUGACUCAACCAGAGGGAAUGGAUUUGACAGAAACGCUGACACGUCAUCUUUGGCCUUUAAGCCCACAAAGCAGUCGAUGCCUCCGGAUCAACAGCGGAAGUUUAGCAGCCAAUCUGGCAGGGCAAUGACCCCACCAUCUUACGGAUCCUCCAAAGGUUCCUUGGGCUCCCUAAGAUCAGGCGAGUCGUUCGGAAAGUUUGGCUCUCCUGUUUUGAGUGACCACGGUGAUGACAGACAGCAUCUCCCUCAUUCCAUUGGCACAGCAACAUCUUCCAGCAUCCCCGCCGAGGAGCAGUUAAAAAACAGCGAUGCCAGUUUGGUAGAGAUGGUCACCACUGAGAUUCUGCAACAGACACCUCCUGUGGACUGGAGUGACAUCGCUGGGCUAGAGAUGGCAAAAGCCACCAUCAAAGAUGAGGUCCUAUGGCCUAUUCUGAGGCCAGACAUGUUCAGCGGAAUGGCCACGUUACCUCGCAGCAUCCUUCUUUUCGGACCUCAGGGCACUGGUCGGACUCUGCUCGGCCGCUGUAUGGCCAGUCAGCUCGGCGCUACUUUUCUCCUGCUCAGUGGCUCUGCCUUGGUCACAAAAUGGCUCGGAGAGGGUGAAAAGAUUGUUCAGGCCUCAUUUCUUGUUGCACGUUGCCGGCAGCCCUCUGUAGUUUUCAUCAGCGAUGUGGAUCUGCUGUUAUCUGCCCAGCUGAGUGAAGAAAGUCCAGUACACCGAAUCAAGAGCGAGCUCCUCCUUCAGCUCGAUGGCGUUCUAAGCUCGCCGGAGGAACACGUUCUAGUGGUGUGUUCCACCAGCAAACCUGAAGAGAUUGAUGAGUCUCUGCGAAGGUACUUUGUAAAGCGCUUGCUAGUUCCCUUACCGGAUGCCAACGCGCGGCACCAGAUAAUCAGCCAGCUGCUCUCACAGCACAACUACUGCCUCAGCGACAAAGAGGUUACAUUGCUCGUUCAGCGGACUGACGGUUUCUCCGGGCUAGAUGUGGUCCGGCUUUGCCAGGAGGCCAUGGUCGGUCCAAUCCAUGGCAUGUCCGCAACGGACAUUUCGGUAAUGAUGCCGGGUCCGAUGAGACCGGUGUCCUACCAAGACUUUGAGAGCGUGUUUUGCAAAAUCCAGCCCAGCAUAUCACAGAAAGAACUUGAUACAUACACUGAAUGGAAUAAGAUGUUUGGCUGUAGUCAGUAAAUAGUGAGGGCACAGAUAAUCCCGUGGGGUGACCUCCCCUUCUUUAAUGAGGGGAUACAAUUCAGAAUUCUUUGGGUGACACAUGCAGUUCUAAAGUGUGGUUUACUUUUUACAAAUGUAGAUGACCCCUGAAGAAGAACCUGAGGGACGGUCAGCUAGAGUUGAAUGAUGCAUGGUUGUACUUAAGUCAAGGUCUGGCUCUUUGCACAUAAUCCAGACAGAGAAAUACUGAUUUUGGGCUCAGUACUGCAGACACAGAGUUCCACUUACCACAAAACUGUAAGUGAGGACAAACGUCUUUGUAUGUAAAUAUCAUUCUGCUGUUUUUGAGAUUCUGUUGCUAUGAAGUGCCUGAUGUGGUGCUUUACUAAAUUUGGAUUUGGAUUCGUUUGCCUCACCAUCUACGUUGGUGGCAUGUGCUAAUAUAGAGAGCUUUAACAUGGAAAGCUGAACAUGUGUGUUUUCGUUUCUUUUCUGUUUUCGACACUUCAAUCAAAAGAACAACAGUAUUCCUCAAUCAAGUCUGACCAGGCAGUUGAAGGUCCAUGUUGUACUUAAAUCUGGAUCCUAAUUUAUUAAUUCACUUGUGUUUCUCCAAAAUCUCAGGAAAGUGAUCGUGAUUUGUACAGUACCUCAAAAAGAUUAUGUGAUACCACUACAUACUGCUGUCAACGUUGCAUUUGCUUUCUAAUUUGCUUGGUCUAUAACUCUAGGUUUACCUCAACCGAUUAAAACAAUGAUAAAGAUAUGACUAUGAAUGUAACCAGAAAUUUUCUGGGUUGUUUGGAAAGAAAAAUUGAGGCAUUUUUCUUCCAUUAUUAUGUUUUUUUUUCCUAAAUUACAUUUGAAUUCCAUUGUGAAUGUGUAGAAAGCAGAAUUUUGUGCCACUAUCGACUCUGGCGCCUGUCCCUUUCUGCAUCGCACAGUUAUAGUACAGACUACACAAAGAUCCCUGCAGUCAGAGAUGGGCACUGUCUGUAGUGUAGAUAAGGUAAAUCUGAAACCUGAAAUGUCUGCACCAGUGUAUGCAGUAGACUUCAACAUUUGUGUGAAGUACAGCGUGUCGUGUUGUUUUCUCUCUGGAGAAUAAACCGAGUCAUCGAGGGGUGAACCGAAAUUUUACGGAGGCAAUUUGAUUAAAGACCAUUUCGUAUUCUUCGAGACAUUGUAAGGUUGGUUUUGUUCGUUUUUCUGUCCUGCUGCUGUUGGAGAUAUCUAAGACGCAUGUGUACCCUGCAUUCUGUUCUACCUCAGUUUAGCACUACGACCAGAACAGGAAGAAGAUAGCUUGGUGUCUUAACCUCAUUAGGUUUGUUCUGCUCCGAAGCCUCCAUAAAGAACAAGCUGCCUUUCUCCCUAGUAAACACAAAGCGUUUAUCUCACACUACCUGUACAAUUCUUAUGCUAAGAGCGCCCAGAUGACACCAAACGCCCCUCCCGCACAUGUACACGCACACACACGUUGAUGAUGGGGAGCCGAUAAUUGGGGUUGUACUGCCUUAAGGCCGAAACAUGAUCUACAAAAGCGUCUAUGUAUGCAACAUGCUUAUCGAGUUACUCAAAUCAGCAUGUUUAUGACUAGUUACCCAAGUAUGCACACUUGGUUUUCUAGAAUAGUAACUGGCCCGCUUAAGUACUGAGGUUAGUUAUGCCACAGCAAUGCGUUGGUCACAUUCACAGCGCUUACCGUAUGUUUCAGCCUAAGGUAGCAUGGGAUAUCAAAUUGGUAAGAGUAAGGGGAAACUUUGUUUUUGAAUGUAUUUUUGUUUUUUUUCUCGAUACGUUUACUUUCUCAAAGCGAUUGAGUCAGCUUGUUUAUCUAGCACUAGAGAGAUGGUGAAGUGAUUUGUUCCCUUGGUUUUUUUCAGUCUCUCUAUUUUCUCUGCCUUUAUAUCAUACGUCUCAAGCGUUGGACAGGACACACACUCUGUUUUCAACUUAAACCUUUUUUGUCCAUUGCAGUGUAUUUCGUCUCCAUUUUAAGGUGCUUAUUUAACUGUGGAGACACCGGAGCUCCAAUACAGUACAUGUAUAUAUAACAUAUCCUUGAAGAAAUAUCUGUUUGCUUUUUCAACAAACAUCCAGACUUUUCAGUAGCCGUGAGACACUUGCUUCACCAUGUUUGUAAAGUGAUACGUGCACCCAAAGGACCAUGAUUUCUAGCCUUGGUUUGUUGUCUGAAGCGGAAACCGUUUUCUUUAUUCUCCUUUGUGUGGUUUUAUUUUUUGCUUGGUGUUGUUUUAACGAAAAGUUACUAUUGUGUAAUUUGUCAAAUGCACUUUUAUCGUUUUGUGUUAAUGCCUAUCACACUUAUUUGUCCUCCCUCAAAACCAAAGCUACCAAAACUAUUUUACUUUCAAAUAUAAUUGAUCCAUUACUCAAGAGUCCAUCCACGCAUUUACACCUUUAGGGAAACUUGUAUAGGACAUCAGGAUUAAACCACGUGAUAGCCGCAAAAUAUAUUUGUCUGUUUUGUUGUUAUAAAUCACACUUUGUGUAUUUCAAAGCCAAAUAGCACUCACGAACAAACUCGUUGACCAAAACAGUAAAAUGAUCUUAAUCUUAGUCUUACUGUUUUCUGCUGUUAUUGUUUGGGUUGGUGUUAUACACUAAUGUAUCUAUGGAUUAUUGGACAAAACCGGUGUUGACUAAAACAGUUUUGAAGCUUUUAACAAUUCAAAGGUAUGUUCCUGGUUCAGUUAAGCUCUGUCGACAGCAUAAUAAUAUUGAUUUCCAUAGAAAAUAAUAUCGAUAAGAAUAUAGAUAAGUCAUUAUCUAAAUGUUUUUAAAAGAAAUACGCAAAAGUCACAGCUAACAUGCAGUAUUUAGUUAAAUGCAUAAAUAAGACUUGAUAUACGUAAACAUGAAACUACACUCAAAAUUUUUUGGGGAUUUCAUUAAAAAAAAACUGAUUCCACACAAUUUGUUUAAGUAAUCUCAACAAACAAUAAUUUAGUUCAUUUUAUAAAAGAAGUUAAAGUGAACUUCACAAACCUUAGUAAAUUCAACACACAUCAAUUAAGUAAAUUGUACCUGAAAUUUUUUAUUAAUAAUGGCAAAUAUUUGAAUAAUGCCAUUUAUAUAAACUCUACCCCCUUAAAUUAGGAUCACCUAUUUAAUAACUCCAUAACACUGAAUCAAUCAAUCAUAGUGCAGCUAUUCAAUUAAACUAAUCGGGGCAGUUUCCAGGACGGAGUUUAGAUUAAUCCAAGAUUAGGCCUUAGUUAUAUAAAAUAAUUUUUUCAAACAUACCUUACAAAAAACAACACCGAGACAAAACAAUGUCCCUAAUAUAUGUCAAUACAAGGAGUUUUUAAAUAUGCAUUUUAGUCUGGGACUAAGCCCUGUCCAGGAAACUACCCAUUACCAUGGGUUUACACCAGCCGCGUUUGGGGCGUCAAAUUUGCGUCUACCGCGUCUAGUUUGCUGCUUGAACAUUUUGAGUUUACUCUCUUCAUUCACGCGUGAAAUUCUAGUCAUCAAGACAUUCACGAGGAAAUUUGCGUCAUGGGAGGGGCUUCUG